AAGAUUAUGAUAAAGAUAUUGAGGGUCAUGUAGAACGUAGGUGUCCCAGAGCAUUCGAAUCCAACUUUUAUUCUGUUUCAAGGGUUGUGGGGAACAAUGAUGUAGGGUUUAAAUUUUUCCAAGAUGAAAACGAAGAAAUCGUUGUUAAUGAUAAUUCGCCAUUCACAUCACUUAUACCUGGAUUAUAUGCAAUUUAUUAUGAUUAUUUGAAACACAAAAGUCACGCUCAAGAUAUCACAAGAAUUCCUAAAAUAUAUCAAUUACGUUGGAAUAGUUGGUUUUGGUCAGAUUAUAAUUAUGUUAUUGAAUCCAAUGUAUACUCCUCUUAUGCCAUAUCAGACGUUUAUGAAUUGGAAAUAACCAAAAAUAAUUCAACUCAAGAUAUUAAAUUGAAUGAUAAUAAAGAUGAUAAUCCGUUUACUGUACGAGCUAUUAUUGAUGCAGUUCAAUAUACAUCAGGAUAUUAUGAAGUACGAGAAUUUUUCUACAAAUCUGGUUCUAAAGACUAUUUUAAUACUUUAAAAACCGCAAGUGCAACUGUAGAAAGUUUAUUACCUGGAAUCGUUUAUAUUUCUUUUUCAACUACUGACAAAGUUCUAGAUUCAUACGCUUUGGAAGCUUGUGAAUAUAAAUUUGUUUACUUUGAAACAUUAAAUGGUCAAAUUGAACGUAGAUGUAAAAGAGCUUUUGAAGAUGAUUUUUAUAUAGUUUCACAAGUCAAUGGAAGUACCUAUUAUGGAUUAGAAUUUACUUUUGGAAAUGACAACUCGAAAUUGUCUGCUCGGACAUCUGCAGUAUAUUAUUGGCCAAGUCCACGAAGAAGGGAUGUAACAGUCUAUGAUGACACACCAUUUCCGUCUAUUAUUCCUGCACUAUAUUCUGUUUAUUAUGAUUAUGUGCAGAGAAAAAGAUAG